AUGUCCUCUCCCGUUCCCGACAACAGCUCGCUUCUCGCGAGGCACUACAUCGACUAUGUCUACGCGCCUGGUCUGCUCCUCGUUGUCGGCACUUUGAUUGUCAAGAAGGAGUGGACUCCUUAUGCCGCUCUCAUUGCCGUCUUGUUUGGCAUCUACAACUUCAUGGCCUUUCAGGUCAAGAAGACUCUUAAGCCCGAUGUCUUCCAGGACUUUGAGCUUGAGGAGAAGACCAUUGUUUCGCACAAUGUCGCCAUCUACCGCUUCAAGCUCCCCAGCCCCAAGCACAUCCUCGGUCUCCCUAUCGGCCAGCACAUCUCCAUUGGUGCUCCUUGCCUCCAGCCCGAUGGCACCACCAAGGAGAUUGUCCGCUCUUACACUCCCAUUUCUGGUGAUCACCAGCCUGGCCACGUCGACCUCCUGAUCAAGUCAUACCCCCAGGGCAACAUCUCCAAGCACAUGGCCUCUCUCGUUGUCGGUCAGACUAUCAAGGUCCGCGGCCCCAAGGGCGCUUUCGUCUACACUCCUAACAUGGUCCGACACUUUGGUAUGAUCGCUGGUGGCACUGGAAUCACCCCCAUGCUUCAGGUCGUCCGCGCUAUUGUUCGUGGCCGAGAGGCUGGAGACAAGACCCAGGUCGACCUCAUCUUCGCCAACGUUAGCCCCCAGGACAUUCUCCUCAAGGAGGACCUUGACGCUCUUGCCGCCCAGGACGCCGGCAUCCGCAUUCACUACGUUCUUGACAAGCCUCCGGAGGGCUGGACUGGUGGCGUUGGCUACGUCACUGCCGACAUGAUCGACAAAUACCUCCCCAAGCCUGCCGACGAUGUCAAGAUUCUUCUCUGUGGCCCUCCUCCUAUGAUUAGCGGUCUCAAGAAGGCUACUGAGAGCCUUGGCUUCAAGAAGGCCCGCCCCGUCAGCAAGCUUGUUGACCAGGUCUUUGCUUUUUAA